ACGAGGCGCCCCGCUCUUCCGUGUGCCGCCGCUGUCUCUGUAUCACAGGUGGAAACAAAACGGCGCUCAGCGACUGGAGCUGCUCGGGGGAGCCGAGGAUAUUAAGUUGCGUUGAGGGAUUUAGCUAAGGCCACGCUGACUGGAUAUAUCUUACAGCCUGCAAAAUGCUCGAAUAACGAUAACUAGCCGGUGCUGGUGUGGUUGUAGUCGGCUGAAGGAGAGGAGAGUGUAGCUUAGCUAGCUAAUAAACAGUUAGCGCGUUAGCCACAUUAGACAGCUCGGCUGCAGUGGGGCUUUAUUCUGGGAGAGCUGCUGCUGCUGCUCCUGCUGCUGCUCCUGCUGCUAGACCUAGAGCCUGAUCUCAGCCAUGUUCGUACAAGAAGAGAAGAUCUUCGCAGGGAACGUGUUGAAGAUCCACAUCUGCACCAUGGAGGGCACGGAGUGGCUGGAGGAAGUCACUGAAGACACUACUAUAGAGAAGCUGAAGGAGAAAUGCCUGAAGCAUUGUGCCCAUGGGAGUCUAGAGGAUCCCAAAACCAUCACACACCACAAACUCAUUCAUGCAGCUACAGAAAGGAUUCUUAGUGAAACCAAAACCAUCGCAGAUGAAAACCUUAAAGAUAAAGACUGCUUGUUAUUAAUAAAGAAGAGGGCGCCACCACCACAUCCCAAAAUGACCGACAUAUCCUCAGAAGAGAAGAAGAAGCAGGAGAGCAAGGCUCCUGAUAAAGACGCUAUCCUCAAAGCCACAGCAAAUCUGUCCACCCGCCACUCCGACCGCACCGUCACGCAGCACAACAUCAGAGACUUCCAGACAGAACUGAGGAAAAUUCUGGUGUCGCUCAUUGAGGUAGCGCAGAAACUCCUCGCUUUGAAUCCAGAUGCUGUUGAGCUCUUCAAAAAGGCCAACGCCAUGUUGGAUGAGGACGAUGAGGAGCGCGUGGAUGAGAACGCCCUGCAGCAGCUGACUGAGAUGGGUUUCCCAGAGAGCCGUGCAGUCAAGGCACUGCGCCUAAACCACAUGUCUGUGACGCAGGCUAUGGAAUGGCUGAUCGAGCAUGUGGACGACCCCACAGUCGACAUGCCCCUGCCAGGUCAGGAAGCUGAAGGAGCAACCGGAUCUGCAGCAGCUGCGUCUGCGCCUGCGUCUGCGUCUGCAGGUCCGUCUCCCUCGGGUGCUGGCCUUCAGGCAGCCGCCUCCUCCCAGUCCAGCUCAGAGGAGGCCAAGCAGGAUGAGCUGACAGAGAUCUUCAAGAGGAUCCGGAGGAAACGAGAGUUCAGGCCGGACUCACGGGCAGUGAUUGCACUGAUGGAGAUGGGGUUUGAUGAGAAGGAAGUGAUCGAUGCUCUCCGGGUCAAUAAUAAUCAGCAGGACGCUGCUUGUGAAUGGCUGCUCGGUGACCGAAAGCCUUCACCUGAGGAUCUCGAUAAGGGCAUCGACACUAAUAGCCCUCUGUUUCAAGCCAUACUGGAGAAUCCUGUGGUUCAGCUCGGCCUCACAAACCCCAAAACACUGCUGGCGUUUGAGGACAUGCUGGAGAAUCCUCUGAACAGCACACAGUGGAUGAAUGAUCCAGAGACUGGCCCCGUCAUGCUCCAGAUAUCCAGAAUCUUCCAGACACUCAACCGCACAUAAAGCACAUCUUAUCUCUGGAGCUUCUACAAACAGGACAGGCUUAUUCACUAAUAAGGGAAGUGUGUGUGCGCUGCGUGCGUGUGUGUGUGUGUAUAUGUGCGUGUAUGUGUUUGUGUGUGUGAGACUGUGGCUGGUAUGGUUUAUGUUGCAGAGUUACAGCGAGCAAUGAAUGUAACAAUAAUAACAGGAUGGAAAUUUUUCAGUUUUGAAUAUUAUACAGAUAAAUAUAUCUAUUUAUAACUGACAGAACACUUGUUAAAAAACAAAAACAAAUGUAAACAGUAACUUAAUAACAACUGAUAAAUGCUAGCUUCACUAUUUGUUUUUUUUUUUUUUUUACAUUUUAUGAGCUGUUUUUAAUUCUAUUAAAUACAUAUUUUAUUUUAUAUACUUUCUCCAUGAUGUAAAUUAAUAUAACGCAUCCAGAGCAAAAAAAAAAAAAAAAAGUUUACACUUCAGGAAACACUUUCGGAUGCUUCACUUUUUUCAAAGAACUUCUUGUUAUUAGUCUCUUCAAAUGAUUACAUUUAAUGACAAUACAUGAUUCCAGGAUCAGAUGAUGAACGUAUAACAGCGUUAUUUUGACUUAGAGUACAGGAUGUGGAACUAAAGUUACUGGUACUGUUUUCUUCUGUAACACGAGCGAGAACAAAAUGCAUCAUAUGUCAUCUGAAGUCCAUAUGAUCUCCGUUAUCUGACAGCUUCAGAAACACUGUACAAUCCCAAUGUGCUUGGUGUUGUGCCAUCAGAAAUAAUGCAACAUCUAAUUUCAGGUUUGUGUAAGUAGUACACUGUCAGAAAAAAAUAAUAAUAAUGUGGACCUUUCAAACAUGAACCUAAAGACGUUUUGUGUAUCUUACAUCAUUUUAAAGGUAUAUCUGUGUUUCAAGGUGAAAGGUGCACAUUAAAGGUAUACCCUCGAGGGUGAAUUUUUUCUGAGAGUGUAUGCAUUUGUGACGUUGCCACGUAGCCUAUAGCUUGUGACAAUUCUGGUGCUCUUUAAGGAUGUUUUCUCCUUCACUUCAACUAUCGUGAGUUCCGCAAUGCAUCUGCAUCAGUUUCACUCAAGUAGAGAAAAUCUAAUAUGCAAAGGAAGAAAGCAGCAAAUCUCACUAAUGUCUCUACAGAAAAGUUGCUGACUUUUUGCAUCCUUGUUAGGAGAUAACUUUGCAGAGGCACUAAUUUCCCCAGAUGAUGCAAUUACCUGGAAAUAUAAGCUACCCUUUCUAUCCCAGAUUCCUCCUCAUAAGAGAUUGAGUUUCUUCUAUUAUUUCAGAGCCGCACAUAAAAGAAAUGAAAAGGCGGCUACAGUAUGGGAUGUAUGGAUGUUGCCUCUGACUAAAACACAAAGCUCCUGGUUUGUAACAGAGUACAUAUUUGGUUUUUCAUCCCAUCCUAUUUAGUCUGAAUCUGAAAUGUUCAGGUCUAGGUGUGAGGCUGAAUAUUUCAUUUACACUCGUGUUUAUUGAAACACCUGGCUCCUGUAAAUUGGAUCCGCUCCAUUUGUUUCCUGCCGCAUGGUCCAGGUUAGAAAGAUCUGUUAUGAAUGACGAUGAGAAAUGAUUUGUGCUCUGUAUGUCAGGUCACAUGUCUCAUUUAGCUUUUAUUUGUGGCAUGUUUACCCGACAUUACAGUUUGUAGGCAUUUGCACGGACAAGUUCAUAUCACAAUUGUAGUACAAUUCUAAAAUAGAAAAUUCGGUGUGGUCAGUAUUAGCUGGCACUUCAUAAAAUAGAUAUUUUUUGUUGAUUUUACUUUUGUCAGAAUUUUAACGGAAGUAUCUGAAACAUAUAGGAAAGAUAUCUCAAGCCCACAUUUCUUUCGGAAAUCCAAAGCACCAACCUAUUAGUCGUGUGUACAUGACACUAUGGACUAACAGCCAUUAUUAUCCGUGAAGAUGAAAAUGGUUGUACUUGUGAUGGCUUAGUUACCCUUUAUCAGAACACUUGGAUACCAAAGUACUCAUGAUUUCUUCUCUCGUUUUGGUUGUGACGUGAACGUUUGCUCUGAAUGUCACUUCGUUUUCUCCUCCUUUGUUGUUUUUCUUUUUCUUUUGCCAGACUCAUUCAGUAUUUAAAAUGGUUUUUGCUGUGUUUGCUCAGGGGGUUUAGAGAUAUACAGCAGGGAGAAGAUCUACUGUUGCAAUAGUCUGAAAUAUAUUUAAUGAGUGAAAAGUGGUGGAACUGAACAUUUAGCAAGAUAACAAUAAUUUAGUGUAAUAUUUGGAUUUAUUUAAACACUUAAGUACCCGUGUGUCCUAUUUAUUCUUACGACGUGUUUUGUGUUGUGUCUGAAUACAUCUGUAUAGUUCAUCAACUGAUUUUUAAGAAAGACUCCCGUAAGGCUUAAUGUCUUAGUAAUGCAGCAUAACCACUUUUCAUUUGUCGGAUCAUGUAUUUUCCUCCUUACUCAGUAGAAUUGUGGCCUCAGUCUUACUUCAGAGAAGGUUUUUAACGAACAAUCGUCAGUGUUUGAAAUCGUUCUCUACACCAGUCAAGGUUCUGAGCAAUAUGCAAUACUCAUUCACUCUCCAUUCAGUAUGGUUUCCAUUACUGUCAUCACAAUAGUAUAUAUUUCUUAUUACUGUGUGUUUACAAUCCCACUGUGUCUGAUAACGUAAUGUGAAAUCUCUGUAAAACCUUAGCGCUGCCUCUUGCUUAAAGGUUUAUUCUGUUUUGUUUAAAAAAAAAAAAAAAAAAGAGGUUGGCUACAGCAGUAUCUCUUUAAGCUUGGGAUUAUUAUCAUGUUAGAAACACUGAGCUAAAAUGCUUGAUUGUGUGUUGCUCAUAUUUAAUGAUCGUGUCACAGAUACAGCAAUGAAUUACAGCUUCCUAUACAUGAAGAAUCUCCGUUCUAUAAACUCAAGCAAUGUGAAAAAAAUGAGUUUUUUUUUUUUCCACAUUCAUGUGUUCACUCUACACAUAUCUACACAGAAGUUGAAAGCCUUGUUUUUGUAUUACUACAAAUAAAAGGGUUUGGCAUUUAUGAAA